UGCUUCGUUUUCCCUCGGUUUUCUAUUCGCUAUUAUUAAAGUCGCUUUGUUAACUCGAAGAGGUACUUGCUCUGAAAGUUCAGAUAUAUUAUCUGUUUUGGUUUUGAAUUGUUUUAUAUUUAUUUUCUAAAGUGCAAAUAUGUCUGGACGUGGCAAAGGCAAAGCUAAGGGAGUUAAAUCAAAAUCCCGCAGCAACCGCGCCGGCUUACAAUUCCCUGUCGGUAGAAUUCACAGGCUUUUGAGAAAAGGAAAUUAUGCUGAACGGGUCGGCGCUGGAGCACCCGUCUACUUAGCUGCUGUCAUGGAAUACUUGGCAGCUGAAGUCCUUGAAUUGGCGGGAAAUGCAGCUAGAGAUAACAAAAAGACAAGAAUUAUUCCCCGUCAUCUCCAACUGGCGAUCCGUAACGACGAAGAGUUGAAUAAGCUACUUUGCGGAGUCACUAUCGCUCAAGGAGGUGUUUUGCCUAACAUUCAAACUGUUUUAUUACCUAAGAAAACUACUACGAAUACAUCUGCACCUGCAAAGGGAGGAAAGACCCAACCAUCACAAGAAUAUUAAAUUUUAAACUAAGUUAUUAUAAGCCAUUUUUAUAAAUUGAUCAU